AUGGAGCCACCGACGACGGAUACCACCGGUAUGAAUCCAGAGCGCGUCGUUUUCCUGCGAGGAAUUUCUGCCGGUGGAAACGAUUUAUCCAUCACAUCGUACGUGACGGAGGAAAGAAAGCCAGGACCCAUCCGUAGCGGUGCCAAUGCCACUGGCUUGGGUCAGUCAGUCGGCGGUGCGGAGGACUCGGACGAGGGACUCGGACCGUUGGCGACUCAAAUGUCCACCUCAUCCGCCGGAGGGUCUCGGAAGCGUUCCUACGGUGAGCUCGAGGAGCGGCUGACGGAGCCCUCGGCUGGCUACGACUCGCGUGUGCAGCUGCAGAGGCCACCUCUGCUGUGCCCAGUGCCGCGGUCGAAUGAGAAUACCAUCUACCUUGUAAGCCUCUUGCGCUACCGUCUUCUUCGACUCACGCUCGUGCCGACGGCGAACAAAAAGCUGUUCCCUGCAGCGGGGACCCAUUUCUUCCAAAUUACUGAUGCAGGACUCGUUAUGAACGAGACGAUACGGAAUCAAUCGAGCUUGCCCCUGCUGCGUUUGACGCCCGUGACAACUGCCGUCGACGGUGCCCUAGACCGAGUGGCUCGCGGUGCCCUUCUGGAGGAUGUUUGGUCUACGCUGUUGCCCGCUGCCAAGUACGACAUGGCCCACCAGCUUGGUAAAAUUGUCAAGCUCAUGCGCAAGACGACACGUGGCGCCUUGGAAAUGUCCGACCACCAGCUUGGCUCCGUCAUCUCCGGCGAUUACUCGUUGCUUCUCGAGAAACGCCAAAGCAGGACGUAUUGGGCCAUUCGUCCCCGUCCGACGCAGGCCCAGUUCGUGGCAUUCCUCCUCGCCGCCAUGCACCCCUCCGUUCCGAGAGCGUUGGUCGGAAGGAUAAGUAACCAGUUUCGAGAGACAGCUUCGGUCGUCCUAUCUCACGGCGAGCUCUGUCCGCGAAACAUCAUCAUCGACAACACCAAAAUCGUCGCCAUAGUCGGCUGGGACUGUGCAGGCUGGUACCCGGAGUGGUGGGACUAUGUCAAGUUCUUCGAGCCUUCUACCAAGGCCGCCAAUGCAGACUGGUACGACUAUGCGAGCGAAAUUUUCGAGAGAGAGGACUUGCCUGAGCUCGUCGCUUAUCGGAGCAUCGUCCGGUGGGCCGCUCCGUGGCCCUUGCCAUGA